AUGGCAUUAAAGGACAAACUACGAGGCAAACACGGUAAAAACUGGGCGAGUCAAGUAGAUUUGUUUGAUCCAAGCUCUUCGAGACUCCUCACUAUUGAAGGUAAUUCUCUGACGGAAGAUAUAAGUAAGGCGAUUGAUACCAGCGAGGAGAUCCUGCAAAUCUGGAUUUAUGAAUGUUCACUCAGUAAGUGGCAAUUGACUAAACUGCUCUUGAACCAUCAAUUUGUGGUGUUUGAAACGGAGAGCUGGUGGUGGUCCAUCGAGAAAGAUGACAAGAGAAUUCUUAUCCAGAGAAACAAAUUCCCAGUCAAGGUUAAAGAUUUUGUGAAUGGGGAACCAAGAAAAGUCCUCGUGACUCAAAUGAGUUAUGAUAGAGGACGUAAAACAAUAAAGGACCUGAUAGAUUUUCUUUAUGAUGAAGAUGAGCUAAACAUAAAUUAUGACUUGCUGGUGAAUAAUUGCAAGGGUUUUGCAAAAAGAAUAUUUGACGAAUUUGCUGAAACAAAGCGCCAU